UGUCCUUGUUCCCUUGGCCCCUAUAUAUUCACAUGCACCGCAUGCUUCUCUCACUUCCACACUUUCUCUGAAAUCCUUUGAUUUGUUCAGGUACUAUACUACCCAGCCAUGGUGCUCUUCAAUGUCUCACGCCUACAGACCACUCCCUUUGAUGGCCAGAAGCCCGGAACCUCUGGUCUCCGCAAGAAGGUGAAAGUAUUCGUGCAACCUCAUUACCUUCAUAACUUUGUUCAGGCAACAUUCAAUGCGUUAACUGAGGAGAAAGUUAGAGGUGCAACGCUAGUUGUAUCCGGUGAUGGUCGUUAUUUUUCAAAGGAAGCUAUUCAGAUUAUAACUAAAAUGUCAGCAGCAAAUGGAGUAAGACGUGUUUGGAUUGGUCAAAAUGGAUUGCUGUCAACUCCUGCAGUAUCUGCUGUUAUACGUGAAAGAGUUGGAGCUGACGGAGCCAAGGCAACAGGUGCAUUUAUACUGACAGCAAGUCACAAUCCUGGUGGCCCUAAUGAGGAUUUUGGGAUUAAAUAUAACAUGGAAAAUGGUGGACCUGCACCAGAGGGAAUUACUAACAAGAUAUAUGAAUUCACAACAACAAUUAAGGAGUACUUGAUUGCUGAAGAUCUGCCAGAUGUGGAUAUCACCACAGCUGGUGUUACAAACUUUACAGGCCCUGAAGGACCAUUUGAUGUUGAGGUGUUUGACUCAGCAAGUGACUAUAUAAAAUUGAUGAAGUCAAUUUUUGAUUUUGAAUCUAUCAGGAAACUGCUGUCAUCUCCUAAAUUCACAUUCUGUUAUGAUGCACUACAUGGGGUUGCUGGAGCUUAUGCCAAGCGUAUUUUUGUGGAUGAACUUGGGGCACAAGAAAGCUCUUUACUGAACUGUACACCAAAGGAAGACUUUGGAGGAGGGCACCCAGACCCCAAUUUGACAUAUGCAAAAGAGUUGGUUGCUCGGUUGGGAUUGGGCAAAACAGAACCACAAGAAGAGCCCCCAGAGUUUGGUGCGGCUGCUGAUGGUGAUGCAGAUCGCAACAUGAUACUUGGUAAAAGGUUUUUUGUCACUCCUUCAGAUUCCGUGGCCAUUAUUGCUGCAAAUGCUGUUGAAUCUAUACCAUACUUCUCUGCUGGUUUAAAGGGUGUUGCCAGGAGCAUGCCAACCUCGGCUGCCCUGGAUGUUGUGGCCAAACAUCUGAAUUUGAAGUUUUUUGAGGUCCCCACCGGUUGGAAGUUCUUUGGUAAUUUAAUGGAUGCUGGAUUGUGUUCAGUCUGUGGUGAAGAAAGUUUCGGGACUGGUUCUGACCAUAUCCGUGAAAAAGAUGGAAUCUGGGCAGUUUUGGCCUGGCUGUCUAUACUUGCGUAUAAAAAUAAAGAUACACUUGAAGACAAGCUUGUUACCGUUGAAGAUAUUGUUCGCCAGCAUUGGGCUACUUAUGGGCGCCACUAUUAUACACGAUAUGACUACGAGAAUGUGGAUGCAGGUGCAGCAAAGGAAUUGAUGGGAUAUCUGGUCAAGCUGCAGUCCUCACUUUCAGAAGUCAAUGAGAUUGUGAAGGGGGUAAGGUCAGAUGUUUCUAAUGUUGUAAACGCUGAUGAAUUUGAAUACAAAGAUCCCGUCGAUGGUUCCGUUUCAUCACACCAGGGAAUCCGAUAUUUGUUUGAGGACGGAUCACGAUUGAUUUUCCGCCUCUCUGGAACUGGAUCAGAAGGUGCAACUAUUAGACUGUACAUUGAGCAAUAUGAGAAAGAUCCAUCAAAGAUUGGGAGACUUUCAAAUGAAGCACUUGCUCCUCUUGUGGAAGUUGCAUUGAAACUUUCAAAGAUGGAGGAAUUCACUGGUCGAUCCGCUCCAACAGUCAUUACAUGAACGCAUACAAGUGGAAGGCGAUAAAAUCUGAAGCUUCAUCGAGUCAUUUCUUGUUUGUCCAGUUUCUAUCCAGUAUCUUAGGGAUGGGCGACCUGUACUGUUGUUUGCAGCCUUUGUUUGCUAUGGGCACUUGAGUGGAGUUUAAAUUGCUUUAUUUCUAAAUUUUGAUGUGCUGAAUAAUUUGCAACUGCCGAAUGCAGAUCAUAAGUCUUAAUGUAAUGAUUCCUCUUGUAUUUAUUGGGGGCGCUCUUUCCUUC